CUUUGUUAUUUACACAGCCGAUGAAAACAAGAGAAGGAAGCUGAGAAGGUGGAGGGGUUAUGUAGUACCAAGUGAGGAGAAAAGAAAAUGUCAGGGAUGAAGCUGCUUUGUUGUUUAUUUUGCUUGGUGUUCUAUCCCGUAUUCUCUCAAUACUAUGGACAGCCAGAGCAAGUGCAUCUCUCUUAUGGUGUCACCCCACAACAGAUGAUAGUAACAUGGGUCACGAUGAGUGAAUCAAACAGUUCCAUUGUGGAAUAUGGACAGAAUGGCUUGGAUCAGGUGGCAUAUGGCACUGAGACUAAGUUUGUAGACAGUGGAGAAGAAAAAAGAGUAAUCUUUAUCCAUAGAGUAACUCUGAAUGACCUUAUUCCAGAAAAAAUGUACAAGUAUCACUGUGGAGGCAAGUUUGGUUGGAGUGGUAUUUACACAUUCACAGCCAUGAAAGACAGCACAGAGUGGAGUCCUAGACUUUUAGUGUAUGGAGACUUUGGCAAUGUGAACAGUCAGUCUAUGGCAAGAAUACAACAAGAAACUCAGAGAGGUCAUUUUGAUGCUGUUCUGCAUGUCGGUGACAUUGCUUACAACCUUGAUACAUCAAAUGGUCGUAUUGGAGAUGCUUUUAUGAGACAGAUAGAAACAGUGGCAGCCUAUGUACCCUAUAUGACAUGUCCAGGGAAUCACGAGGCUGCGUAUAACUUUUCCCACUACAAGUAUAGGUUUAAUAUGCCAGGUGAUGAACAGAAGAACAUGUAUUACAGUUUCAACAUGGGCCCAGCUCACAUCAUUUCCUUCAGCACUGAGUAUUACUAUGAGGUUUCCUAUGGCUGGUCACAGAUAUUCACACAGUACUUUUGGUUAGAGAAGGAUUUGCAGGAAGCCAACAAGCCAGAAAACAGAGCCAAAAGACCUUGGAUUAUUGUCUUUGGCCACAGACCCAUGUACUGUUCCAAUGCUGACGACCCUACCAUGUGUUCUAAUAUAGAUAACUAUGUACGAGUGGGUAUUCCACAUGUUCAUGCGUUCAGUUUAGAGGACCUGUUCUACAAGUAUGGGGUAGACCUGCACUUCUAUGGACAUGAGCAUUCAUAUGAAAGGAUGUGGCCUGUCUAUAACAGAAAGGUGUGCAAUGGCAGUAACGACGAGCCGUAUCACAACCCACCUGCCCCAGUACAUGUAGUGACUGGAUCUGCUGGUUGUGAUGAAGGAGAAGACCCCUUUAUCUCUAAUGGUCUUCCCUGGAGUGCAUUCCGGUCUGAUGACUAUGGCUACACAAGAAUGAACAUCAUCAACUCUACACAUCUCUAUUUGGAGCAGGUCUCUGAUGACAAGGAUGGUGCUGUAAUAGACAAGAUGCUGUUGAUCAAGGAGAAGCAUGGUAUGGGGACAUUUAACUGUCACUAAAUGGGAGGAUUGCUACAGGUGUGCAGUGACACAUAAAUGGUGCAUUCACAAUCUACUCAAACCACUCAUUCACACUGAUGAGACUUAUCAGACUUUUGUCGGAAUUUCGACUUUUUCAGGGUCAUUUGGGUCAUUCUUGUGAAUCAUGUUCCCUGGACCCCCGGCCAAUUUCCCUACUUUUUCGGUGAGGACUGAUCUUAUCUCUGCAUCCAUUGUCAGCACCCACUAGUCAAAAUUAUCUACAGACAGAGACUCGAGACUAGUAGAUAUCAGAGAGUUAGAAAUCAUGAUUUUGUAUUGUAGAAUGAAUAAGAGAAGAUGAUGUGUGAUGUAUUGUGGUUUAUUCUAAACUCAACAUUGAGUAGGAUGGGUUGAGCAUGUUUAAUACUACAAUUACUGUGAUUGAGCUUGACAUAAUUCUGUGCUAUUAACAGCUGUUUUAGACUUCCUUGUCUGAACUGUUUUACUGACAUGGAAAUUGAAUUUUUUUUUCAUUCUUAAAACUAUGUAUAUCAAAAUUGAUAUUUCUUAGCGAUCAUGCUUUUCAAAUAUCAUCUCCAGAAGGUAUUCAGGAUUUAAAUUUAAGUAUAGCUUAAGUGAAUUCCAUUUUUGAUAUCCAUCCAUUUUCAUUUUUAUAUUGUGACUGAAAAAGCACCUCUGCCAAGGCAGCUCAAGUUUUAUUAUUAUUUAUUUAAUGGAACAACAACAAAAUCUAAUUGAUUCCAAAUUAGCCCAUUUUUGACCUAUUCCAAAAAAAGAUAAGCUGUUAACUAACAAACUUACAAAGGCAGAAACAUGACAUCCUUGGCAGGGGUGAAUAUAAUUGUUUAUCAAACAUUAUGAUUGUUGUGCAAUGUUCGUCAUAUUUGUUCUUGAAUACAGAAAGGAAGAUUUACUUCUUAUGAAUGUUUUGUGACCAAGAUCUAUUUAUUGUCAUAAAAAUGAAAAUGUAAAAAUGAGAAAUGCAAAAAAAAUGAAUGCCAUAUCUUACCAUAUAUAUUUUGUUCUAGUCUUUGGUGUAUAAUUGUCUUACAAUAUUCGAUGUGGAUGUCAUAAUAAAAACGUUUUUCUUUUUAAAA